CACAGCUGAUCACGUGAUGUGGUAAAAGGCCAAUCACAGCGGCCUUUUACCACGUGAUCAGCGGUGUCCAAUGAUCAGAGGGAAAUGCAAGUGCCACGGGGAUCGGCACCGAUCAUCAGGGCACUGAUGAUCAGUGCCCUGAUGAUCGGUGCCCAGCAGUGCCGCCCGCAAGUUCCGCCCACCUGUGCCCAGCAGUGCGCCCACUAGCUCCGCCCACCUGUGCCCAGCAGAUCACCCACCUGUGCCCAGCAGUGCACCCACCUGUGCCACUCUGCAGUGUCACACAUCUGUGCCCAGA